GGAUUUAUUAAUGGCUUUGCUCAAUUUGUUUGAUGUUGGUUGUUGUUGUGGUUGUGCUGUCUAUGAUUAUGGAUGAUGUCUGGAAUUUUUCGUUGUUAAAAUGGCGCGUCAACUAAAUGCAAUCCACCUUGCAUUGUUAUUCCGAUUUAAUCAUUAUACUUGAGUUUGAAUCCUGAAUUUUAACCAUGUUAAAUUUACUGUGAUCUUCUUGGGUUCGAGUAGGGUUGUUUAUGGAGGAAGAUACAUGUGUUCUUAAACCUUCUAGCCUUAGCUCAUCAUCUAUCUUGGUGAGGCAAUUUUGGGCUUUGAGUUGGGUGGCUGUGAUUUGAUUGAUGAGUUUCCCUGUCUUGUCUGAGUCUUGUGGGUUUGUAGAGCGACUGUGGUGGAGAUGGCACCAAGUGGUAAGGAAACUUCAUUUGUCAAAGCAAAGAGGAUGAAGGGGUUCAUUUCCCAUCUUACAUCUGCAGCUUGUGAGUGGUUAUUGAUAUUUCUGCUGCUACUAGAUGCUUUGUUGUCAUACAUGCUCACCAAAUUUGCAAGUUAUUGCCGACUGCAACUGCCUUGCUUGUUGUGUUCUAGGCUUGAUCACAUCUUAGGCCGUGAAAGGCCAGAGUUCUAUGAUAACCUGUUUUGCAGCAAUCACAAAUCAGAAAUAUCAUCUCUGGUUUUGUGUCAUAUUCAUGGUAAGGUAGCAAAUGGGCAUAAGAUGUGUGAUGACUGUCUUCUGUCAGUCAAUGCAAAAACCAAGACCAAUGGAAAAUCUCACAGAUUGUUGGUGGGUAAAUUUGGGCUGGCUCUUGGUGAUUCUGGUUUCAAAAGUCCAUCACUAAGCAGAGAUUUGUUUGCUGGCUCUAAGGGUUCAAGAUUAUGUACAAGACAGUGUGCUUGUUGUGGUAAGCUUUGGAAGUCAGAUCCGAACUCCCCAAGAUCUAAGCCAUAUAUUCCUUUGCCAUGUGCACCACGGCAAAGCCGUUUAAAUCACCGGGAUAACAUGAGGAAAAUGAGGGAUAAAUUUGGCGGAUUAGAGGGAAAAAACUGUUUUCAGCCCUUAUCUCAUGUUGGGUACUGCGAGCUGAGACUGACUUCAGAUUCUGAGAAUGAAUUUCCAUUUUCUGAUGACGAUGAUUUUAGCAACAGUAGUGUGUUUCAGGAGAACAUUGAAGCCAGUAAUGACCGCAUGGCUCAAAUUACAUUACCUCCUCCCAUAAAAUCUAUUCCAAGUAAUUCAAAUCCGGAAAAUGGUAGUUCUGCCAAACCCAUGCCCUUGUCCUCAGAUCAAUGUGUGGAGCCUAAUGUUGGCAAAUAUCAAGGCGUGAAUGCCAAUUCUGCCGUAGAAAUUAACUUGCAGCAAACAAAACAAGAGUCAUUCAGUUCUGAACUGGCUGAGCUCAUUUCACUGGAUGAGGUUUCACCAUCACCUACUGUUAGGAAUGUUUCUAAUAGAGAAUCAGAACCAGAGGACAGUAAGAUUACUUCUUCUCAGGAUUCUCUUCCUGCUCCCCUAUCUGAACUUAUGACUUUGAAUGUCACAAAUGCACUUGCUGGAGCAUCAUCAGAAAAAUCUGCAGAUGUCGCACAAGCAAGUGAUAUCGGAAUGGUAUCUGAAAAGAAUGGGGACGUUUUAGAAAAAAUUGGUACAGAGGAAAAAACAUCUACUGAGAGUGAUCCAGUGGUAUGUGAUGCUGCUUCUACAAAUCCUAGUCAAGAGAACUCAAGCAACAUGAAUAAAUUCUCUGUCGUCACUGAGGAAAGAAAAGAAACUGAAUUUGUCAUAAACCAACCAACCACCGAGGAAGUAAAUACCAUCAAGGAGGAAGUGGAGCAAUCACCAUUAGAUAAUUCUGCUCCUAAUGGGUCUAACUUAUCAUCACCGUUUCCUAUUAAUCAUGUUGACUUGCCUGAGAUGCAUACUGAGGAUUCUAGUUCAAAUGGAAUUCAGGUACUUAAAAAGUCAUCCUCGGUGGAAUCUGGUCUUGAAUCUCUGGAUGAAAGCAAUAUUGGUGAAAUUGAAGGAGAGUGUUAUGCUGAUAGAUUGAGGAGACACAUUCAUUAUUACAGGCAAUGCUUGGAUUCUUUGAAUAAGGAACUGGAGGAAGAAAGAAACGCCUCUGCUGUUGCUACAAAUGAAGCAAUGUCUAUGAUUACAAGGUUACAGGAGGAGAAAGCAUCACUGCAGAUGGAGGCUCUUCAAUAUUUAAGAAUGAUGGAAGAGCAAGCAGAAUAUGAUAAAGAUCAAUUGGACAGAGUUAAUGAUCUACUCACUGAAAAGGAAAAGGAUUUACAAGAUUUGGAAGCCGAGCUAGAAUUUUAUAGAUCAAGCAUGCCGAAUGUUGAACCUAUGGUCCACAAUAUGCAUAAGGAAAGUUGGGAUUUGAGAGGAGAAAAGGCCACAACACAAAAUACUAGUGUGCCUAACAUCCUCAGAAAAUUUUCCAGUUCAAAGAAUCUUGAAGUAUCCAGAGUUGGCGAUGAAGCUAAGACUGGUGGAACCUUCAUUUUAGAGUUUGAAGAGGAAAAGGAAUACAUUUCUCAAUGUUUGAAAAACUUGGAACAGAGAGUUUACCAAAUUAGUUUGCAUGCAUCUAAUGAUAGACAUGAGAAACUUGAAGUCAGUAGUAAAUCAAAUCAACAAGGAGCUUCUAAUGUUGAAGGGCAUCAAUUAGAUGACCAUGAAGAGACUGACCUGUCCACACAGAAAAACACUAAAAUGUUGAAUGGAAAUCAUAUUGAUAAGGAUGGAUCAGCUGUAGAAAACAAUCAUUCCACGUCUCCCGGACCAACAAUCUCCACACCUAGAAGAGAUUUUGAGUUGGUUGUUCUAGAAAAUGAAAUAUCGGAUCUUAAUGAUCGGUUAGAAGCACUUGAACUUAAUCAUGAACUUCUUGAGCACCUAACAAAUUCUCUCAAUACCAAUGAUGGAAAACUAUUUAUCCAGGACAUAGCUCGUCGAUUGCGUGAGCUACGCAAAAUUGGAAUAAGAUGAAGACGGUAAGCAGUCAAACAGAAGUGUUUUUAGCUCUUCCUUUACUUUUAGGCACAAAUAAACUUUCAUAUAGCAUAUAGUAUAAAACAUGUUGUACCAAUGGAGAUGAUAUGAAUCCUCCCAUAAUUUUCCGAAUUUGCUUUGACAAUUAUAUGCUUGUGCUAUUUCAAAACAUGUAACCAAUGCUGGACAUGCUUGUUAGCCAGGCAUGGAGUCGCUCAAAAUGAUUAUGGAUGCCUAUGAAUAGAUUUUACAAUUUUGUAAGUCUCA